UCCUCCUACGUUACUUGUCUGUGUCUCUGAAGCUGUUAUUCCUAUCUGUGAUUUCGUUUCGUUUCUUUCUUUUCGCUUUCACUUUCCUAAUAAGAACGCUUUACAACAAGCAAUGUGCUAUCACAAGACACAAAAAAAGCAAAGCAUUUACAUUUUACAAACCAAAAUUCCACCUUUUCUCUUCUCCUACGAAAUCUCCUUCUUCUAUAUAUCCCAAAAAAACAUCAACACAUUACAAAAAGACCAAAUUUUUAUGCAACAAAACACUGAAAAUCAAAAGGGCUGUUGAAAAUCACAUAGAAAAAGAGAAUGGCUCAGUGGCAAGGUGAUUUGCAAAAUGAGGGUAUUGACUAUAUGUUCAAGAUUGUUAUGAUUGGUGAUUCUGGUGUUGGAAAAUCUCAGCUUUUGAAUCGGUUUGUUAGAAAUGAAUUUCACUUGAAAUCUAAAGCAACAAUUGGUGUUGAGUUUCUUACCAAGACUGUUCUUAUGGAUCACAAAUUAGUUAAGGCUCAGAUUUGGGACACUGCUGGUCAAGAAAGGUACCAAGCAAUUACAACUGCGUAUUACAGAGGUGCAACUGGAGCAUUACUAACAUAUGACAUAACCAAGCGCCAUUCCUUCAACCAUAUCGAAAAGUGGCUGGAUGAACUGCAUAAUCAUGCAGAUAAAAACAUAGUUGUCAUGCUUGUUGGCAACAAGUCUGACCUGAGUUCGAACCGAGAAGUGUCAAUCGAGGAAGCAGAAGAGUUUGCCAAACAGAAAGGUCUCUUCUUCCUGGAGACAUCCGCGCUUGACUCUCACAAUGUAGAACCAGCUUUCCUUGGUCUUCUUUCACAAAUAUAUAUGACUGUUAGUAAGAAACACAUAACUGCAGAUGGACAUGAACCAAAUUGGGAUAAAGUACUUCUUGAAUUCGAGGGAACAAAAUUAUUGGUCUCGCCGCAAGAACCGGAAUGUCAAAAAUCUAAAAGGAGAUUCAGCUGCUGCAGUGUUUUUUAGAAUAUAUUUUCACCUACAGCUACCUUUAGGUAUUGAUUAUGUAUAUAAUAAUAUACUCUGCUAUCUUUUUUCCUCUUCAAUUUUUUGAUGUAGUUUUUAAGUUUGAGAAUUAUUGUUUGGUAUUAAUAUGAAAUCAGCUAUUAAUUCAAGAAUGA